AUGCUCACUCACAGUAAUCUGCCCAGGAUUUCGUGAUAUUAUUGUGCUGUGUUGGAUAGCAAUAGUUUCACCGUUUUUCGAUUGACUAUCCGCUUAUUGUUUCUUUUGAGAAUAUCAGUUAACAUGGCAGAUCCAAGAAUACGACAGAUCAAAAUCAAGACUGGCGUAGUAAAGCGGCUGGUGAAGGAGAAGGUCAUGUACGUCAAGGAGACCAGGCAGCAGGAGGAGAAGAUUGAACGACUGAAAGCAGAGGCCUGCGAUGAAGAGGCCGACUCCGAGGCCAAGUAUGUCAUCAAGAAACAGUUGGAGGUGCUACAGGAGUCCAAGAUGAUGAUUCCAGACUGUCACAGGCGUUUGACCAUAGCACACGCUGACCUGUCCCAGAUACUAGAAACAGAAGAGGACUUGGCUGAAGCAGAGGAGUACAAAGAGGCCAGGACCGUAUUGGAUUCAGUGAAGCUUGAAGGAUGAUGUUCUCACUCUGUAAUGCACUACUUAAAUGUCUAUUCCAUUCAUCUGGGCUUGUUUGGAAACACAGACAAACAAAAUCGUUCAGCAUCUUUUUCUCGCUCUUUAUUUUUUAUUUCUACAUUUGAAAUCAACGUGCAGUCUGAUCUCGACAUCCUUCUCCAGAGUGUACAAUCUCACACAAGCAGCAAAUAAAACCCUAUUUCUUUUCUUACCAUGGGGGUUUGCUUCUUCAACUAUACAGCUACAAAUGAAGCCUGGUUGAAUUGUUUAACUCAUGUUAAAGCUAUACAAUAGUACUGUAGUGUCUUGCAUCAAUUCAUUUAGAAAGUGUUCCUCAAUGUCUUGAAUGGAGAUAUAUUCUUCUUGAUGAUGACUGAUUCAAUAUUUAGCCUAGUUUAAUGUUUAUUUGUUCUUAAGAAUCAAGAUAACAGUGAAAAUAAGUGAUGGACUGAAGAACAUCCGAAUGAGAGACUAGCUAGCUACACCAUAUCAAAUUACAUCCAACUAUGUAUCAUCAUAUAACAUCCGUCCUUUUGUCUGUGUCAUGGGAUUGGAUAGAGAGAAAUUGGCAUGAUGUCUGUUCCUAGAGGUAAAAAUUCAGGACACCGACCUCCGCUGGUCAAUGAAGUCCAUGCAGCCUAGUGAUAUCAUCAGCACUGUCAUGGCUAACCAGACAGUCUACAGUGGAUCUGACAGGCUGUCUGCAAAUUGACCAGUAGGCCUAGUUGGGCAUCAAGUCACACUGUGGCUUGUCCACAAAUUCACAUUGCUUGUUUUGGUCCGCAAAUGUAGACAUUUAAAAACUAUAAUUCCAGAUUUGAUUUGGGUUACCAUAUUUUUUUAUGUUCCAGUGUGGAAUUGGCUGAAUAGUUUCUGUUUACCUGACCAAAAUAUGCCUACCAAAUAAAGGAAAAACAUUCAUUUCGU